ACGCACCAGUGUCAUUCCCUGUUUCUUUCCCAGUACACGACCCGCAUCUGGCCCUUUCUCUGCUCGUCCCGCCCGGGUCCUUUCUCACCCUCACUUAAUUACACCAUCCCCUCCCCUCGUCGACAUUUCGGCCAAAAUCCUACCGUCGCCCGUCCAGUCCUUCCUGUCCUCGUCCUUGUCCUUAGACUUGCGCGGGUCACGGACACAAGACCCUCCACUCUCUACUACGUACUUACUCCAGUACCUGACCUCCCCACGCGGCCACGCCUCUUCGUCCGAUCUCACUUUACCACCGCCCGACUGGAAACUCUUCCUUCCGUUCGACCAUCCGUCCGACGUUUGGCUUGCGGUCCUCCCAUUCAGUUUCUCCCCCAUCUGUAGGAAAGCAUCUUGCGCCUGCUUUUCUUUUCGACUGCGUCUGCGUCUGCGUCUGCGCCUACUACGCCUCCCUACGCUUACGCCUCUUCACUGCUGACGCUGCCGUUCCACGAGAAUAGCAACGACGCAUCUACACUAGCUCCAGCCAUCGGCUCGGCACUCCAUUCGUAAGUGCAUAUAACGGCGACGAUCCUGCGUCCACUUCAUCACUGCCCUCUUCCUGCCCCUAUUUGCUGCGAGACCGCCCCUCCUUUUUGCACUGCACCACAUGCAGACGGCAGAUCUCCUGCCUCAUCGUCUGCCGUUGUAUCGCAGCCAACCAGACGACGAGGACCGCUGGCUGGGGACACCCUCGUCUCCAGAACUCGAUUUGGGGAGCCGCCUUUCGCAUUGGUUCCUGUUCUGCUCCCGUUUGGUCUGACGCGACUUUGGCUUCUCCUCUCCGUCUCCAAACCCCUUCCUGACUGCCAUUUCCCUGUCACAUCGUGCAGGCGCUGCCCAGCACAAGACUUGCUCCUCUCCGUUUCGCUGCGCUGCACCCGCUGCAAUACCCUCUGCGGUUGGCUCGAGACGGGCCUUUGAGCGGCUGGCAAUUGCGCCCGACCCAGGUUGUCGUUGCUUGGUAGCUAACCUCAAUUUACCAGACACUCUUUUCCGUCAUCGUCCCGUUCUCCCAUCAUUUCCCCCCCUUUCCACUCUUUCCGGAAGGGUACUGAUUCCCAUUCUCUUACCACUUACAACGAGCACGCAAACAACAGUCAGCCUGGGCAAGAUCACAGGCCUGUCCGGAAAAAUCGCUUGCCAACUAGCUGCUCAACCCUCCAAUUCCGACAUCUAAGCCACCGUGCUAUUCGACAUCCUCUCGAUAAGCGGUCCACACCUCCACCGCUUCCACGCAACCUACUUACGUCCUCCAUAAACCAAACAAGCGCAACGGGCAUCUAGCAUUGUGGUCGCAUAUGCUGCUUGUCCACUCCGUUUGCGGCUUCCGACUCUGAAACCUUUAUUUUAUGCUGAGGACCCCAGAUAAUGAGCCAGCCCCGUCGCUCUAGCUUCGGUAUGCUUCUCAGACGUUCCAAGUCCGGCGACCUGGGGAAGGGUGGUAAGAAAGCCCAAGCCCUUCGCGAACAGCAGGAACGCGAACUCGAACGUCAGCGUCAGGCUGCAAUCUCCAGAACUCCCCCCAAGCUCCCCGAGUUCUACAAGGCCAAUGACCAGCUCUCCAACUCCAUCCCCUCUGACCUGCGCGCCGAGGAGGCCUCAAUCAUGUCGGAUCACACCAUAGGUACCGCCUACUCGACCAGGCCCUCCAUGGAACCGAGUCGCAGUAUCGUGGGAUCUGUGCCGCCUAUGCCUCCCAUUCCCGCGAAUGCCUACGAUCCCUAUGCUCGCACCGAGAGCAUGACGCACCGCGGACGCUACAGCUAUGCUAGCAGCGCAAUCAGCACUGUCAACAGCCCUAGAAGGGUUCGGAGAAGAAAGGAUCCCACUCCCUUUAACGUUCUCGUCAUUGGCACCCGAGGCGCUGGAAAGACGUCUUUCCUCGAAUUCCUAAAGACUGCUCUGGCACUCCCGCCGAAGAAGCGAUCCCGCAAGACCGAGGUGGAGGAGGAACCCGCUCCCAGAUCUCCUCCUUCUGGCAACUUCAUCCCUCACUACCUCGAGACGGAGAUUGACGGCGAGCGAAUUGGUCUCACACUUUGGGAUUCGGAAGGCUUGGAGAAGAAUGUUGUUGAUCUCCAGCUUAGGGAGAUGUCGGCCUUCCUCGAGAGCAAGUUUGAAGAGACCUUCACCGAGGAAAUGAAGGUGAUUCGAUCGCCUGGCGUACAGGAUACCCACAUUCAUGCCGUCUUCAUGGUUCUCGACCCAGCUCGUCUCGACCGCAACCUGGCGUCAGUCAAGGGCGGUGUGUCGAAUGGACACAACGGCAAAUACGCCCCUCCGGCUCGCAUUUCGGGAGGUCUUGACGAGGAUCUGGAUCUGCAGGUGCUUCGUACCCUCCAGGGCAAGACUACCGUCAUUCCCGUCAUUUCCAAGUCGGACACGAUCACGACCAAGCACAUGAAUGUCCUCAAGAAGACCGUUUGGGAAACCGUCAAGAAGUCGGGACUGGACCCGCUUGAGGCACUUGGCCUUGACGAGGAUGACGACUCCACCAGGAUCGAAGAGGAAGAAGAGGCUGUGACUGACGAAGAACACGCCGAUUCUCACGACGAGGACGACUUCCCCAUCCAAGGACGGGAAGGUGUACCCUCCUCCCCCGGUUCCAAACGGCUUUCUGGAUCCUCCAUCCGUCAACAUAAGGCUAAGCAGGAGGCUAAGGAAGAGGAAGUGCCAUUCCUCCCGCUUUCGGUCAUCAGCCCUGACCUGUACGAACCCGAGGUUCUGGGACGUCAAUUCCCAUGGGGUUUCGCGGACCCAUACAACGAGGAGCACUGUGACUUCACCAGACUCAAGGACGCCGUCUUCAGCGAGUGGAGAGCCGAACUUCGUGAGGCCAGCAGAGAGCAGUGGUACGAGGGCUGGCGAACUUCGCGACUUAAGAAUAGCCCGAAUGCUCGUCGCCGAUAGACCAUUUGAGAUUUGGUCCAUAGGCUUUGCAACUUGGGCCGUCGAUACCCUUACCUUUCUAAACCAAACAGCCCUUUUCGAUGGCUGGCUUUACACCUGAUUUCCGCACUUGUCGAUGAGAUUUGAGAGCACCGCGCAGCAUACCCCCUUUUCCUCUGUCACAUACCAAUUCUUACGAACUUCUAUGGUUGGAGGGCGCCCAAAAUUUGGCGAAAUGACAGCAUUAUCAGCCCAACUUCGCAUGACGAAACUCCUUGAUAUCCCUGUUGCUUUCUUACCUUGACGAUAGCUCAGGCAAGAUGACGACGUAUACCAGCAUUUCCGACUCGAGCAACCGGAUGACACUAGCAUCGCCAAGACGCAUGUCACGCACGAGAAGGAUGCAAGACUUAGUUUAUUGUACUUUUGGCACCGAAAAUACGUUUCCCGGCUUCUUUACUGGCAGCGACCACCCUUCGCUUUACCAGAACUUUCUUUUCUUGUUCUUUUUAACUUCGCUUCUUUUAACGACACUCAAGAUUCUGGGGACGAAAGAGUAGACUGAGUUUAGCGGCGGUUGUAAUCAGUCACAUUUGGUUGGAGAGCAGGUGGAUAGAGAAGGCCUGCGAUUCGAUUCAAGCGGGCAGGAGAGAUACAAGUUGGAAUCAACCAUUACGGUGAUUACCCGGGAGAGGCCAGCCGAUAGCUGUAGGGCAGUCUUGAUAGGGUCCG